GUGCGGAUCUGUGCUGGAGAAGGUAUCUUAUUCCUCUCUAACAUCAUCUCCACUUUGCAUCUGUCUCUCUUAGUCUGCUUUUUUUCCACCGAUGUAACAGACCUGGAGCCAGCGAGACUCAGAGGAAAGGACUUAAUCAGGUUUAUGUGUCCUAAAGGUUAUGAAGACAGUAUGGAGUUUCCAGACCACAGUAGGCAUUUGCUGCAGUGUCUGAGCGAGCAGAGGCAUCAAGGCUUCCUUUGUGACUGCACUGUUCUGGUGGGAGAUGCCCAGUUCCGCGCGCACCGAGCUGUACUGGCUUCGUGCAGCAUGUAUUUCCACCUCUUUUACAAGGACCAGCUGGACAAAAGAGACAUUGUUCAUCUGAACAGCGACAUUGUUACAGCCCCAGCUUUCGCUCUCCUGCUUGAAUUCAUGUAUGAAGGGAAACUCCAGUUCAAAGACUUGCCCAUUGAGGACGUGCUAGCAGCUGCCAGUUAUCUCCACAUGUAUGACAUUGUCAAAGUCUGCAAAAAGAAGCUGAAAGAGAAAGCCACCACGGAGGCAGACAGCACCAAGAAGGAGGAAGAUGCCUCGAGCUGCUCGGACAAAGUCGAGAGCCUCUCCGACGGCAGCAGCCGCAUGGCAGGCGAUCUGCCCAGUGACGAAGACGAGGGCGAAGAUGAGAAGCUGAACCUCCUGCCCAGCAAAAGGGACCUGGCGGCCGAGCCUGGGAACAUGUGGAUGCGCCUGCCCUCCGACUCCACGGGCCUCCCCCCGGCUGGCGGGGAGGCCGAGCCACACGCCACAGCAGCUGGAAAAACAGUAGCCAGCCCCUGCAGCUCGACAGAGUCUUUGUCCCAGAGGUCUGUCACCUCCGUGAGGGAUUCGGCAGAUGUUGACUGUGUGCUGGACCUGUCUGUCAAGUCCAGCCUUUCGGGAGUUGAAAAUCUGAACAGCUCUUAUUUCUCUUCACAGGACGUGCUGAGAAGCAACCUGGUGCAGGUGAAGGUGGAGAAAGAGGCUUCCUGUGAGGAGAGCGAUGUUGGCACUAAUGACUAUGACAUGGAACAUAGCGCUGUGAAAGAGAGUGUGAGCACUAACGCCAGGGUACAGUAUGAGCCGGCGCACCUGGCUCCGCUGAGGGAGGACUCGGUGUUGAGGGAGCUGGAGCGCGAGGACAAAGCCAGCGACGACGAGAUGAUGACCCCGGACGCCGAGCGCGGCCCGGUGGAGGGCGGCAUGGAGAGCAGCCUGCUGCCCUACGUGUCCAACAUCCUGAGCCCGGCCGGCCAGAUCUUCAUGUGCCCGCUGUGCAACAAGGUCUUCCCCAGCCCGCACAUCCUGCAGAUCCACCUGAGCACGCACUUCCGCGAGCAGGACGGGCUGCGCAGCAAGCCGGCCGCCGACGUCAACGUGCCCACCUGCUCGCUGUGCGGCAAGACUUUCUCGUGCAUGUACACGCUCAAGCGUCACGAGAGGACCCACUCGGGCGAGAAGCCCUACACGUGCACGCAGUGCGGCAAGAGCUUCCAGUACUCGCACAACCUGAGCCGCCACGCCGUGGUGCACACCCGCGAGAAGCCGCACGCCUGCAAGUGGUGCGAGCGCAGGUUCACGCAGUCGGGGGACCUGUACAGACACAUCCGCAAGUUCCACUGUGAGUUGGUGAACUCCUUGUCUGUCAAAAGCGAAGCCCUGAGCUUGCCCACUGUCAGAGACUGGACCUUAGAAGAUAGCUCGCAAGAACUCUGGAAAUAAUUUUAUAGAUAUAUAUAUAUAUAUAUAUAAAUAAUAUAUAUAUAUACAUAGAUAUACAUAGAUCUCUAUCUAG